CUGACGUCAUUUCCCAGCUUCCGGGCUGUUAGCAUUGGCCAAGUGACGCUCAAUUUUAGAAUUUCCCUUAAUUUUACGUACGUUUCAUAACAGACUGGCAGUUCUGAUUUAUUACCAAGCGCAUCCUGCUAAUAGAAUAUAUCAAUAUAAUGUCAGAUUACUGGUCACAGGGAUAAGGAAACCUGAUCCAACGCCGGCAACGACGCAGGCGUAACGGCUGAGAAAAGAGGUUCGGUUGAAAGCCACCGCCUGCGACCUUCAGCCACAGCGGCGACUUUGUGUGAACACCGAGCGAAUCGCCGAGCAGCGCAGCCCGUCACUGCAGGUCCGCUUGGAUUCCCCCGCGCCACCGCCUUCCCCCCUCCCCCCCCCCAAAAACAUGCAGCUGAAGGAGGACAUGAACCCCGUGCUGCUGCAGGUCUUCCGCUCCGUCGCCUGGGUGUACUCUGUCAUCACCUUCAUACCCUGGUACUUCUUCUCCGGAGCCGGCACCAACUUGGAUCGGGCCCGCCGCAUCAAGGCCAGCUCGAUUAGUGGACACCCGGCGGGGCCUUACAGGGCCGUCAACAGCCAGGAGAAGCUGUCGGCAUUGCUGCACCCCGGUGUGGACUCCCUGGACAAAAUAUUUGAAUACGCCGCAAGUCGGUUUCCAACGCGAGACUGUCUGGGCACGAGGGAGGUGCUCAGUGAGGAGGACGAGCUCCAGCCCAACGGCAAGGUCUUCAAGAAGGUGAUACUCGGAAACUACAACUGGCUGUCAUACGAGGAAACCUACGAGGCGUCAAAGAGUUUCGGCAGCGGCCUGGCAGCGCUCGGCCAGAAGGCCAAGUGUAACAUCGCCAUCUUCUGUGAGACCCGAGCGGAGUGGGUCGUAGCAGCACAAGCCUGCUUCAUGUACAAUUUCCCCCUUGUGACGCUGUACUCCACUCUGGGGCCCAUGGCCAUCGCUCACGGCCUGAACGAGACGGAGAUCACGCACAUCAUCACGAGCAAAGACCUGCUCCAGAGCCGCCUCAAGGCGAUAGUGUGCGACGUGCCGAGACUGCAAUAUGUCAUUUUAGUCGACAGUAAACUGACGAGCUGUCCGAGCGUCCCCAGAGGCAUCAUGGUCUACAACAUGGAUGCUGUGAAGGCGAUGGGAUCCAAGCCCGACAGCAUGGUGGUAGAGCGCAAAAAGCCGGAGUCCACAGACAUCGCGGUCAUCAUGUACACCAGCGGCUCCACGGGCAUCCCCAAGGGUGUCAUGAUCUCCCACGGCAACAUCAUUGCCGCCGUCACCGGCAUGGCGGAGCGGAUCCCAAACCUCAAUGAAACGGACACAUAUAUUGGCUACCUGCCAUUAGCGCACGUUUUGGAGCUCAGCGCGGAACUCGUGUGCAUCUCUCACGGCUGUCGCAUCGGCUACUCCUCCCCCCAGACCCUAGCUGACCAGUCUACCAAGAUAAAGAAGGGCAGUAAAGGGGAUACCAGUGUGCUGAAACCUACUCUCAUGGCUGCUGUACCAGAGAUCAUGGAUCGAAUCUACAAGAAUGUGAUGACCAAAGUAGAGGAGAUGAGCAAAGUCCAGAACACGCUCUUUGUGCUGGCUUACAACUACAAGAUGGAGCAGAUCUCCAAAGGCUACAGCACGCCGCUGUGCGACAGGCUGGUGUUCAAACGGAUGCGUGCGCUCCUCGGAGGGAACAUGCGGGUCCUGCUCUCUGGUGGCGCGCCGCUGUCGGCCGCCACACAGCACUUCAUGAACAUCUGCCUGUGCUGCCCCGUGGGGCAGGGCUAUGGCCUGACGGAGACCUGUGGAGCCGGCACCAUCAGUGAGAUUUGGGACUACAGCACAGGGCGGGUCGGUGCGCCACUCGUUUGCUCCGAGAUCACGCUGAAGGACUGGGAGGAGGGUGGAUACUACAGCACUGACAAGCCCAACCCACGGGGGGAAAUCGUGAUUGGCGGCCCGAACGUAGCGAUGGGUUACUACAAAAGGGAAUCCCGGAACCGCGAGGACUUUUACGUGGACGAGCACGGCCAGAGGUGGUUCUGCACCGGGGACAUCGGAGAGAUCCACUCUGACGGAUGUCUUAAGAUCAUCGAUCGCAAGAAGGACCUGGUGAAAUUGCAGGCAGGCGAGUAUGUGUCUCUAGGAAAAGUGGAGGCGGUCUUGAAGAACUGCUCCCUCGUAGACAACAUCUGUGCGUAUGCCAACAGUGACCAGUCGUACGUGAUAAGCUUCGUGGUGCCCAACCACAAGCAGCUCAUGGCGCUGGCGGAGCAGAAGCAGUUGACGGGCUCGCGGGAGGAGCUGUGCAACAACGCCCAGAUGGAGAAAGAGGUCCUGCGCAUCAUCACGGAGGCGGCCAUCUCGGCAAAAAUGGAGCGGUUUGAGAUCCCCAAGAAGAUCCGACUGAGCGCCGAGGCCUGGACGCCAGAGACCGGGUUGGUCACUGACGCAUUCAAACUGAAACGCAAGGAGCUUAAAUCGCACUACCAAGACGACAUAGAGCGGAUGUACGGGGGGAAAUAACACACGCAAAUACACUCCAGGCAACAUGUAUAUAGCCCGGCACAACAUACAGAGGGAGCUCAGAAGCCACUUUACUUGGAGAAGGGUUAUACUCUACAGGCAGAGAAGACACACAAAUUACUACAGACACAUAGGAGCAUCUCGUGCACCUCCUCCUCAGCUUCCCCAACACCAGCUUCGAUCAAAAGAGGAGGGGGGGAGGUGUCGCACAAAGUAAACUUUCACAUGACUCGGUGAAGCAAAUGUCAAGCUCUAUGUAUAUCAACGUCCCUGCUCCACCCACCCACCCCCUCCCGUUCUUUUUGGAGUCUUCCUUCAGUUCAGAUGGUCGUGUACUUGUACCUGGCAGGGAAACGUGCUCGCAUGAUCCCUCCUGUGCUUUAAGUGAGUGUUAGGUGGGAAUCAAUGCAGGGAUCUUUUAUUGAUUUCUUUCUUUCUCUUCCAUGUUUUCUUCAGGUUUGGUAUGUCAGCUUUGAAACCAUUUGAGUGUUUUUGUGUGUGUGUGUGUGUGUGUGUGUGUGUGUGAAGAAUCAGUGUUGCAAUGCCAUGAGAGAUUGAGCAUCAAGAUGUUGGUUUUUGUUUUUUAAACUGACAUUUUCCUAAUGUUAUUUUAUGUCUAACAUUCUGGGUCUUCUUUAUUGUCCUAUUUUUUUUAUUGCCAAUUUGUUUAUGCUUAUUGACUUUUGUUUACAAGCUUUUUAUUGUCUUCUCGUGUCCCAAAGUUUCUUAAUGUAGUUGUUUCCAUCCCUGCUCUUCGCCCCCACCCCCCUCGCCGCUCACCACUCCCAGGUGCGUCCUAGCCGCUGUGUCAUUGGUGGUUUUGUUGGUUCACUGACGCGCUGUAGCCCCGCUACGCAUUCCUCCUGUCAGGACCGAUAUUCUGGGGGGACGUCUCCAAAGGAACUUUGCCCAGCUUGUUUCAUUAGUUAGCCCAGUUACAUUUUGGCGCAACUGUACAUGGUUUACCUUUUUUCUUUUUUUUUGCCGUUGGUCUACUUACUGUUACUGGUCUCUUUUUUUUACUUAUUAGUAUGAACUACAAACUGAAUGUGCAAUAUUUAUACACAAAUUUUAAGUAUGUAAGAAGGAAAACAAACUGGCCUUUAGCGGCCCCUCCGUCGUGUUGAAUGUUUAGGCCUUUUGCUCAUAGGGGAGGACCUGUAGGAAAAUAAGCAUGGGAUUAAAGAAGAGGGUGGUAGAGAGACACUGAUGCAGCCCGUGUGAACAUGCUGUGCUUAACAAUGUAAAGUCCUUAAAUAAUGCUUUUUAAUAAGACUAUAAAGUGGGAAACAAUACUUGACAUUGGAGAAAUUGAUGCAUGAUAGAAAGUGUGCGACUGUACCAAAACACUUUGUAAGAGAGAAAUGAGGGGAUCACACUCCAGUCGAACAAUUGAGGACAUUCCUUAUAAAUCGGCUAUGUUGGUGCAUAACAUAAAAGAGCAGAUAACACUUCAUUUGUUUUUGCUGUAUGAUACUGUAUGUGCUAUGUAUAUAAAAGGGUCAACUGCCAUUCAUUAGAUCCCCCAUAUAACGUACACAUUCAUUACUGUAUUUCUUUUAAAUCAGUGGCAAUAUUCUAUUCAUUUUAUGGGCAGAUUAUUAAUUGUUUGGCCAGUGGUCCAUAUUUAAGGGCAACAUCUCUCCCACAGUUGCUUUUUCCCAAGGCCCAUUGCAAUAAUAAAGAUACAAUCAGGUACUCUUGACUAGCCAGAUGUCUACUAGCUCAACGUAGAAGGGUAACUUUAACAUUAAUAAUUGACAGUACUAUUAUAUUGCCAUUCUUUUUUUAAUAGAAUUUCUUUUUCCUGACAUUUCAGUGGAAAACAGCGGGCUGAUAGCUGUUUUUCAAAGGUGGCAAGUUGCCUUUGAACACACACAGGCGGUCUUCAGGGGUCUUAAAAAUGGGAAGAACUCCCUGUGUUUUGAUGGCACACAAUGGCGUGCCCCGCUACACCCAUUUCAGCUAAUGGCAAGACAAAGACAGUGGGUGGUGCAAAGACCACUUGUGUUGUUCUCACUUGCUUGACAAAAAGGGGAGGUGAUCAAUGAUUGAUGUUCAUUCAAACUAUUAUAUUGUGCAGGUGUAAAACUCUCCUGUUGAUAUAUUUAAUGACCUCCGUUUAGAACAAGUUUUCGGGGUCUCCUUGUUUUGCGUAGUCAAGUGGGCCGGCGAGCCGUCCUAUCGCGAGUGUCUCUUUCCUUAUUUAUUUGUGAGUUGGCCUUGACAAUUCUGAAAUAAAUCCAAUAAAGAACGGUGUAAUUA